UACAUCAGCCACAUGUCUCUAACAUGGACAGACCAGACCAGAAACAAGAGUCAGUGGCCAUCGUUCACGACCCCGACCGGCAAAACGAUCCAUCUCCCACCCAGGAGAUAUAUUCUAUUCUCGGUUGCUCCCCGACAUGCGACACCACAACAGCUCAGAGAUCUCUCCGAUUACAUCACGGAGCAUCAUCAGAUUGUGACAGCGCCAGAGCCCCUGUCUCGCCUAACUUCUCACAUACAGUUAUUCGAGAUCCCAUCUCCAGAGGACAAACAACACCUGAUUCUCUCGCUCACGAACACCUCAAGCAGGACGGUUCGCCAAACCCAUUCUCUACCUUUCUCAAUCUCCUACAAGCAACGCCGAUGUCCCUGAUGGUUCAAGAAGAAAACGAAAAGGCACCGAUACUGGCUUACUCCACAAACACCCAAGGAGAAGUGAUGGUAGCUCUGCUCGAGUCCAAGAACAACAAAGCGCACAUGCUCUCCGAGACCCAACCGGAACUCGACAUAUUCGAGACGGAUAUGAUUCUCCUCCUACAACAUCACAGGCCGGCGAUAUUGGAGACAACAUUAGAAUCGAUGAUACGGACGGAGCCUCAGCAAGCAGCCUUACCUACACUUUCAUCCUCCACAAAUCUGCCUUCGACAUCCUCCCUGCCACCACCAAAAAAUCUCCCACCUUCGCAGCAUUUGACCACGGCGACCACAUCCACGUCAUCUUCAGCGUCCGCCACUCCAACAACGCACCGGCACCUCAACUCAAUCCUUCAAUUCCUUAAAGCCCGCUUUGAAGGAACUGCAGAGGCCCAUACAAGCCUUCAACUCGUCCGCUUCGCAUCCCGAUUCAUAUCAUAUCUUACACGAAAAGGUCUCGGAACGUUCUAUAAAUAUGGAAGUCGAGCUAUCGCCAUCCUAAAGCCACUCACAGAGGCUCUCCUCCACUAUGACACCACGGACAUGCCAUCAACAUCAGAUCUUCGCUGUUCUCAGUACGUCGAAGGAAAAAAUGUAUUGGCAAAAGAAACAAUCACACAGCGCACCUUUUCCAUUGAUUACAUUUCCUGCCUUAUCGUCGAUAACAAAAUCACGUCAUUUGAGGCUUUCCAGCGUAUCCUUCCUACGCACACGAAAAUCCAACUCCUCAAGCAACUUGGGUACGUCGGGCAAAAUAUUAUCAAGACACUAAUCAAAAUUCACACAAUCAAAUCGCUCCAAGAGAUAAAAAAAGAGCACUACUACCAACUCCUCAUUGACAAUUUCGGCAUUUCUAUCUACAAACCUCAAAACGUCUCUUUGCUUAGUUCUAUCUUCUCAUCAAACAACAUCGCCAUCGAUGACUUCUUUUCUAAAUUUUUGCUCAUACACUCCACUAACAUAACCAAAAUUAACACGUUCGUGUUCCAAGGCCCGACCAAUACGGGUAAGUCGCUCUUAGCAUCCUUGCUGCUUGCAGAUACAAAACCAACACGCAUCGCAAGAGAACGCAACAAAUCCAAUUUUCAUCUUGAUCAGUUGCCUAACAGCACUUCUGUUAUAUUCGAAGAGCCCAUAAUCGACCAGACCACGGUAGGCACGUGGAAGCUGCUUCUAGAGGGUGCUCCUAUACCCACCGACAUGAAGCACGCCGACAAGGAGAUAAUAUACCGCUUGCCAAUCUUCACCACCACCAACCAGCCCAUCUGGAAUUGGGUGAGCACGGACGACGUCUCUCCCAUUAAGCAGCGCAUUUUCGUUUUCCAUUUGAACUCACUCAUAUCCAGCUCCAUCACCAGAGAUGCAACCAUCCCCCAACCCCCAACCAUCAUCACCAAACACGACCUCUAUGCGCUGUUCCUUCAUCAUUUGCAGUCUAUACACGAUUCAUACACAUCCCUCUUAUCUACUCUCCCACUCUCCGAGACAUCCAAACUUCAUUCUUUGCGCCAAUACCAAGAACUGCAGAACAUCCAAAUCGAUCUGCUGUUACAGGAUUCAUCCGAAUCUCUUUGUGACCUUCCCUCCGGAGACCAAGCCCCCUCCCAGGAUGGCUGAUUCUACCUCCGACCAACAGGAUAGGCCACCAAAGAGAUCCAGGACAUCCGGUAUCGCUUCUGUCGGACAAACAACGCACAACGUAAAACAGGAUGGAAAUGGGGCCGAUCAGCAUGGCUGGCCUAGCCUUUCACUAGACACCCAGGCGAGUCAUGCACGGGAGCGCGGCAUGAUGGAUGUGAAGUUAGGAGCCCUAAAAGGCAGAAGGAGUAGGAGGCUGGAGGAAAAUGAAAAAUGAACUUCAUAAUUCGUAUUUUUCACCCAGCGUAACUGAUGCUCUGCCUACGAACACUGUGGAGUCGUUGCCGGACACAUCUGAGUUGUUGGCGCCCAGGCCUCCAAGCACU